ACCCUGAAAUUUUCCAGGCUCCUUAUAAGUUUUCCGGCAGUUUCAACUUCACUUUUGUUUCUUUGGUCUGAUCCGUUGUUUAUUUGGUUUCUUUAAAAAAAAGUAAGCGUGAAGAUGAAUCAGACACAGUUCCAGGUACCGGAGACGUUAGACGAUCUGAUUAAACAACUUCAUGAGAUUUUCUCUAGCGAUAAAAUCAACGUGGAAGAAGUGCAAACGCUGAUGGAAUCCUAUAAAAGUAACCCGGCGGACUGGAGUAAAUUCGCAAAAUUCGACAAAUACAGAUACACUCGCAAUCUUGUGGACCAUGGAAAUGGAAGGUUCAACUUGAUGAUUCUUUGCUGGGGUGAAGGACAUGGCAGCAGUAUCCAUGACCAUGCCAAUUCACAUUGCUUCCUGAAGAUACUACAAGGGCAGCUGAAAGAAACACUGUAUAAUUGGCCAGAUGGCAAUCACAAGAAUCAGGAGCUGACCAAGAAAUGGGAGAAAACCUUCCUCGAAAAUCAGUGCACCUACAUCAAUGAUACCAUCGGCCUGCACCGGGUGGAAAACGUGAGUCAUACAGAAGGUGCAGUUAGCCUUCACCUGUAUAGUCCACCGUUCAACAGCUGUCAUUGUUUUGAUGAAAGAACAGGCCACAAGAACCAAGUUAACAUGACAUUCUGGAGCAAAUUUGGUGAACGAACACCUUUUGAAGCCUCCGUCUCUAAAGAAAACAACUGAACCAGAUGAUCGACCAAGGAAACCCAAGAAAUGGAAUAUUUAUUCCCAGUGUGACGACAAAGAACCUGACAGAGUCUGAAGAAUGCUUUUUUGGUGAAUUAACUUCUCAAUGAGGAUUCCUCUUGUUUAAAUGAACACUGAGACAUCAGAUUAUAUUUUUUGCAUGAUUCUUAAGCAUAAAAAGAAGUUUGAAAAUCUCAUUGCAUUUUACCAUUGAUCCAAGAGCUUUCUUUGCGCCGUAUCUUUGCACUUUCCUUUCAUAUGAGUUCUUUCUUCUUCCUCUGUCAGCUGGUUUUGAACUGCUUCCCUGAACAAGUGAAAAGACUGUAAGUUCAAUCAGGGUGAGUUCAUGAUGCUGUGUGCCAGAUGCAAACAACCAUGCAACCUCCUUUUUAUUUGCAGACCACAGGUCCUCUAGGACUCAUCAGUAAACCAUCUGAAACGAGCAGUGAUGGUUCUUAUUCCAGAUUAUAGGUUCAAUAUUACUAAUAAUAAUGGUGAGUGCUCUUCCAUCUGUCAUCAGAUUCCAACCAUCCCUUUCACCAAUUCCUAAGACAGGCUAAGAAACAAAGUACUAUGGCUAAUUCAGGGGUGUCCUUUUAUACGUUACUGUCCAAUGCUUCAUGGGCAUUCAGGUUCUCUAAAAGGGUGCUAAUCCACAAAUUACUUUCUAGAUUCUGUUUUACCUUCUAAUCCAUGUGAUCAUCUUAUUGUUAACCAUUCAGACAGAUGUAAGAUAGAAUUGUUAUAAGGAAUCAGUCAUUCUGAUAUGAUGUUUUCCUGUGUCCGAUUUCAGCAGAGUCAAUUGUCCAUUAAAAAUAAACAAACUAAAACAGUGGACAAAGGAGUGUUCUUUCAACAUGUCAAACAUUACUAAUAUCACAAACAAUUUUGAGAAUAAAGAGAUAAUUUGAUAUCCUAUUAUAAAGCUUUACAAAGUUAAUCUUGAUUUUCAUUAAAACAAUACUGUUUAUUGAAA